AUGAGGCGGCGGCAUGUGGGAGGGCUCAGAGGCCCUCCCCAAUGGGGAGCCCUGGCGUGCAGCCUGGGUCCCGGACGCGGCGCGGCGCGGCGCGGCGGGUGCGGUUCAGUCGGUGUUUGGCGGCGGCGGCGGCGGAGGAGGAGGAUGUGGGCUACGCGCGGGCUGGCGGUAGCGCUGGCUCUGAGCGUGCUGCCGGGCGGCCGGUCGCUGAGGCCCGGCGACUGCGAAGUCUGUAUUUCAUAUCUGGGAAGAUUUUACCAGGACCUCAAAGACAGAGAUGUCACAUUCUCACCAGCUACUAUUGAAAAAGAACUUACAAAGUUUUGCCGGGAAGCAAGAGGCAAAGAGAAUCGGUUGUGCUACUACAUUGGGGCCACAGAUGAUGCAGCCACCAAGAUCAUCAACGAGGUGUCAAAGCCCCUGGCCGCCCACAUCCCUGUGGAGAAGAUCUGUGAGAAGCUGAAGAAGAAGGACAGCCAGAUCUGCGAGCUGAAGUAUGACAAGCAGAUUGACCUGAGCACCGUGGACCUGAAGAAACUCCGGGUGAAAGAGCUGAAGAAGAUUCUGGAUGACUGGGGGGAGAUGUGCAAAGGCUGUGCGGAAAAGUCUGACUACAUCCGGAAGAUAAACGAACUGAUGCCUAAAUAUGCCCCCAAGGCAGCCAGCGCUCGGACUGAUUUGUAGUCUACCCAAUCUCUGCACCUGAGGGGGAAAACAGCUGGCUCCCCCCGCUCCCCCCCCCCCAAAAAAAAAGCCUUUUUGUAAUUUAUUUUUUAAGUGGGCUCCUGACAAUACAGAUGUGAAGCCUAGAGUGUUCCUGUCACCUUGAGGUUCACUUCCUCUGUUGCUGGUUGCUCUAGGACUUCAAAACGUGUGUGGGAUUUUUUUUUAUUAAAGGGGGAAAAAAAAAUUCUAGCUGUCCUUGGAGAGUUAACCGUGAGUGCU